UAUUAAGUUAGUAUGAAAAGUGUCUUAUAUAUUUGAGUUAUAUUUUGUUGUUAAGAAUAUAACUAUAUUUCAAUAAGGAAGAAAAUAUUUAACAAACCAACAGAUUUAACUACUAUUAAAAAAAACAGAGGUCUUUGCAAUGGAAAGUGCAAUCAACAAUAAAAUGUCGUUUGUUCCUGAUCGCUUAACUUUACCAUUGUUUUUGCUGACCAGGUCUUCCAUUAGAAGCGAGCUACCUGGGAAAUAUGGCCCCUAUCUUAAUAAGAAAUGUUCUUCAUAUGUUUCAAAAUGUGAAAAAGGUGCUCAGACUGCCACUAAAGAAUAUUUUAAGCACAUAGCAGGAUUUGAUGAAUCAAAAAUGUCGAAAUUUUGCAAAGCCGCAGGCACUGCAACAGCAAAACGUAUUUUGACUGCUACAAAAACAUGGCAAUUGCCCCCGAACAUUUAUAAUAUUAUCGAGAAAGCAGAUAAGCCUUGUUAUGGUGCUCUAUGGAAAAAGUUGCCAUCAAAACCUAAAAAACCGAGAAAGUCGUCGGAUUAUAAGUUCUAUAACAUACCAAGCUUUGUGGAUAAUUUGUUAAGUAAAUCGAACCAAUAUAAAGGAGUAUUUCUUACAAAUCCGCGGGAACGAAGACCAACAACACGUUCCAUGAUUACUAAUCCACUGACAUGCUAUCGUGAUCCGGAGAUGCCCGGGCCAGCAAGCUACACACCGUUUCCACGUAAAUAUAUAUGUGGUAAAGUUAUUAGAAGAGUAUUCGAUGCGGUUACCUAUUACCCACAAACAACAGUACCCAUUAAAACUAUGAGCAUACAUACGAAACACACUAGUUUCUUGCCAGGACCUGGCAGAUAUGACAGUCGAUUCAGACAUUUCUGUCCCUGUUCCUCAAAAUUAAAAUAUUCUCCUAAUAUACAAGACGAAAUUGAGAAGCAAAAACGUUUGAAAUUUCGUCGUUUGCCUUAUAAAAAAAUAAAGCCGGAUAUAUAUUAUACACCUGAAUGGAGACAUGUUAAAGGUCAUGGGUUUCGUCAUUUAUUUAAAGGUGGGCCGAUAAUACAGCCUUCUAAAAAAAUAAUCCCACGGACCAAAACUAAAUAUAAGCGCAUUCAAUUGUAUGCAGAUGGGCGCUAUAUUAAAAUGAUAACUGAUCCUAAACGCGAUUAUAGAAUGGUGUUUCGUAAAGAAUAUACUCCAUUGGUCAAGCCAAUUCAUUUCAAUACGAUUAUAAAACCAAAGCCACGUAAACAGUUGCGUGUAAAUAAGAAGGUUGCAUUUGGUAGCAGUGAAGAAAGGUUUAAGGAUGGAGAACGACAGACUAGUCCGUUCACAGUUACACAAUUGGCAUAUCUUAUCAGUACCUUACCUGAAGAUAGACAAUUUAAAGAUCAUCCGGUUAUGCGUAUCGCUUCCAAAGAUAUUAAAACUAACUUAUAUGAAGUGCCAAAACGUUUGGCACCUACUUGUAAGCUUCAGAAAACCAAGAAGCAAUUAAGACUUUCACCUUUACCAGAACCAAAGAUCCUUAUCAAUGUAGAAGAAUUAGAUGUUGCAGGCCCAGGUAGCAAAAAGGGUGAAUGUAGAGGUGUUAUUAGUAUUAAAACAGAUCCUCUGGACUACUUUAGAGCUGAUUUGGAACCUGAAGUGAUUGAACAUUAUAAGUCUUUACUUAAGAGACUUAAAAAGUAAUAAUUUAAAUUUAAGAAAAUUUUAUAUUAAAUGAAAUAACUGUGAAAUUAUAUUUUAC